AUGGAUUCCGCCGCCGCGCGGCCCGACGAGGAGGAGGCACGCCGCCGCCGGAGCACCGACUGCAUCUACUUCCUCGCCUCCCCGUUGACCUGCAAAAAGGGAAGUGAAUGCGAGUACCGUCACAGCGAUGCUGCCAGGAUGAAUCCCAGGGACUGCUGGUAUUGGUUCCAUGGCAACUGCGCCAAUCCUAAAUGCUCCUUCAGGCACCCGCCAUUAGACAACCUGGCCGGAGCACCAACAACUCCACGUCCAGCUCAACAGUCUGUACCCCAAGCUUCAGCUUCUGUUCCAGCUCAACCCCAUGGAUCUGUUCCUGCCAUUGCCAAGCAGGGUGUUCCAUGUUAUUACUUUCAGAAGGGCAUGUGCACAAAAGGGGACAGGUGUACCUUCCUGCAUGCGCCCCAGUCUGCAGGAAACCCUGCUCCACAGCCGCCGGCCAAGGUCUUCACCCCUGCCUUGCAGCCUAAUCUUCAUCCUCCGUUGAAGAACUCCUGGACAAAACCCAACUCUUCGUCCCAACAGAGCACGCCUGCGGUAGGCGUAGUUGACAAGCCAAAGGCCAGCGCUCAUGAUGGUAAACUGCUUCAUCACAAGCAAAGUCUGACGACGAGUAGGGCUGAUCAUCCAUCAAGAGUUUAUCAGAAUCACAGUAAUUCUUAUGCACAGCCUGGUGCACCAAAGCGUUACCAGCCUCAGCCUUCAGUCCAGGAUGGCUUAACUGACAACGGUACGGAGGCGGGUGAAUUUGUGAGAGAACCAUCCGCUGGUUCUGGCGUGAUUGUCGGUGCUGCUGACGACGACGCUCAACAGUCAUUCAAGGGAAACCAUACCGCUUACAACCAUCGUGCUAAUGGUACUGGAGGGAUGACGAGGCAAACACAUGGUGGAUAUGAAUCAGAAAGGCCAUACAGAAAUUCGGCAGAGAGGUCUUCAUCAGAGAAAAGGAUUUCCCAGAGAGAACAUAUGCCCGCUGUGGCUGCCGGUAGUUCGGAUCUGCGCCAUAGGCUACUGAAACAAAGAAAGCUCAAUAAUAAUUCAGGAUCAACUGAAGCCCCUGGUAGGCAUGACACUCAUCUUGAGGAUGAGCGCCAUGACCAACAUCGUCGGCGAGGUGAACAGCAGGAUGGCCUCUCAAGGUCUCGACUGCGUGAUAGAAUAAGGCUACCUGGGGAGACAUCGUUUGACAGGCUUGGGUCACGUUCAGAGGAGUGGGAUAGAGGUUCUAGAGCCAGAUUGUCACCACCAAAACCCUCAGACCUUCGAGGGAGGCUUCAUGAAAGGCUAAAGGCUAGAUCAGCUGAGGAGAUACCGGGUAACAGUGCAAAAGAUAGAUCAGCUGAGGAGAUACCGGGUAACAGUGCAAAAGAUUUGGCGGUGAAGGAAAAUAGCAGUGAGGAUACUGAAUCACUGAACUUUGCUGGUCCAAAGAGCCUUGCAGAGUUGAAGGCAAAGAAAGGUGUUGGCAGGUCAGGAGAAGAUGCCAUCGUCAAGGGCUUAGGCUCUUCUCGUGUGACUUCAGAAAUAGUUUCGAGCAGGGAAGCUGCUCCUUUUGAAGGUCCAAAGCCCCUGAGUGCCAUACUGAAGAGAAAAAGAGAGGCGGCUUCUGAAAUCUCCACUGCCCAGCCUGGCAUCAUACAGGAAGCAGAUAACUACACUGCAGGAGCGGAAGAAGAAUUCCAAACUGUGGCAAAUGACACGGUUGGGGAGAACAUGGAGGGCAUUGGAGAAGAAGAGGAGGAAGAGGAAGCCUUCCAUCCUGAAGAUGAUGUGGCGUACGACGACAAUGCCGAUGAAGCUGCAGCGGCCCAAGAGCUGGACGAGUAUCAAGAUGCAGAGGCGGCAGCAGAAGACAACGCCGAUGAAGCUGCAGUGGCCCAAGAGCUGGACGAGUAUCAAGACGCAGGGGCAGCAGCAGAAGACUAUGACGAUGAAGCUGGAGCUGCCCAAGAGCUGGAGGAGCAUCAAGACGGAGAGGCAGCAGCGGAAGACUAUGACUAUGAGGCGGCGGACAUCAACGCUGAGGAGGAUAAUGACUACCAGGAGUGCCAAGACGACGACGAUCUAGAGGAUGAGGACGAUGACUUCGCGCGAAAAGUGAGCGUGAUGAUCUCCUGA